CCUGUUCCUCCCUCUCUCUCUGUCUCUCCUUCUCUCUCCCCCCUGCCACAUUCCCUUCCUCCUUCCUUCUCCCGAGCACCAUGGAGUUCUCCGAGAGGAAAAGAAGCAGGAAAUCCCAAAGCUUCAAACUGGUGAACCAAGAUUAUCACCAUGAGAUAUAUAAGGUUUCUGACUUCUGCAAUGAUGUUAAUGGAGAGGCCAAAGAGACACAACCCAUUUUUUUAGGAGAUGAAAGCAUGGAAAUUAAAAAACAAAUUACAGGGAUGAGAAGAUUACUGAAUGACAGCACUGGAAGAAUCUAUCAGCGUGUUGGCAAAGAAGGAGAAAAACUAAAGGAAGAACCCCAGGAUUUAGAUUUAGUCUGGGCUCAACAUUUGAAUUCAUCUACUGAGGUCUCACAGAGCCUCCACCCUUCCCCCAGUGGUACAUGGAAUGAGUUACCAUCCCAAAUUGGCCAAUUCCCGGGGCAGUAUGGAACCCGAUCUAAAACUUUUCAGAAUCAGUCCAAAACCACUGGAGGAUCCAAUGGAGAACUUCCAGCGGUGAAUUCAUCAAUUGGAUCAAACUGCUGUACUUGUAACUGCCAGUCAACCUUGCAGGCCAUUCUUCAAGAACUCAAGACCAUGAGAAAAUUAAUGCAGAUUCAAGCAGUUGGAACUCAAAACAGACAACAGCCCCCAAUUUCCCAUCUAUGUUCCCAGAGAACAGUUGUGUCCCGAAAAAGAAAUAAAAAGAAAAAAGUACUCCCAAAGAUCACUGAACCUCUUCCUAUGAAUAAGAAGCUCAAUGUAAUAGAGAAUGAAAAGACAGCAGUCACCUCUGACCAAUCUGUUCUACAGAAAGCUCAACGCAUCCCCACUGAAGAGAACCACGUUUUAGGAUUUGGCAUUGUUCUUGAAUCACCAUCUUCAGAUCCAGAAGUGCAACUUGCUGAAGGCUUUGAUGUUUUUAUGCCUAAAUCUCAGCUGGACUCUAUAUUGUCAAACUACACUCGCUCAGGAAGCCUUCUCUUUAGAAAAUUGGUGUGUGCAUUUUUUGAUGACAAGACAUUGGCAAACUCCUUGCCCAAUGGAAAGAGGAAAAGAGGACUCAAUGACAACCGGAAAGGACUAGACCAAAAUAUUGUGGGUGCAAUAAAAGUCUUCACAGAAAAAUACUGCACUGCUCACCAUGUGGAUAAACUUCCUGGCCCAAGAGACUGGGUACAGAUUCUACAGGAUCAGAUUAAACUGGCCAGAAGAAGGUUAAAAAGAGGGUCAGCAGAGGUAGCUGACUGUGAUGAAAAACUGGACAGCAUUUCUGUACCACCAACAGGUAAUAUUUUUGAAACCAGAACAGAGAAGAUGGAAGACAUAGAACCAGAUUUCACUGCCUAGACUUUCAUUUCUGUGGUGUUUCAUUAGCAAAUGUAACUCUUUGUUUGGAGAUUUCUCUAAGAUCUGUGUAGGCAUUUCAGGUUACUGCACCAUGUGGAUGUUCUAUAAAGAUUUACCUUCAAGUUUGAAUUGUUUUCACAUAUUUCCUCUGUAACAUGGACAAUCAAGCCAUCAAAUUGUUUCAAGAUCCUUCGCCAUCUUUAGAAUUGAUUUGUUACUCCUCGAAAGUUCCAUAUGUUAUCCAGUUAGUUUGGUAUCCAUUGUAACAAGAGCAGUCCUCUCUCUCUUGUCUCUUUUUUAACUUCAUCUCCCCCUGUGAUUGUGCACAGUGUAAUGCUGCAUAUUUAUUUUAACUUAAGUUAUGUAGAUGUAGGAUACAGAUAAAGAAGGCUGGCAAUUCUCCUACACUGAGAGCACCCUGCUGAAAGCCAAAAUAAACUUGACCUCCAUUGACUUAGAAGAUAAAGUUUUCUUUUGGGGGACAGGAUAGCUCUUAUCUGUUAGAACAAGCUAGCUCUGUUAUCAGUGGAACUAAAGUAAGACUUUGGAGCAGAUUAAGUGCUAAUGAUAUCUCUGUUCUUGGGGAACGAGAAAUCUUAUGUGCAGCAACAAGUAUUUGUCAGAUCUAGGCUUUGUCUACAUGAUGGUAAGGUGACUGAUCAGAAAGCAAAAAUUUUAGUCAAUCUUUAUAAUUUAGCCUUCUAAAAAACCAACACGCAACAAUUUCAUGGACUUUGUAAACUGAGUUGUACACACCAGAUAUUUGGGCAUUGUGUGGACUCCACCUUAGUUACAAUAGCACUUAAUGAAAUAUUCUGUGUUUUGUUUGAUUUUUCAUACUGGUUUGCAGCCAGUUUAAGCAAACUCAAAAUAUUAAAAUCUGGGUUUAUAAAAAAAUAUAAAUUGGCAGAUGGUUAUUCACUUUACAAAAGUACUUAUCACGGGGUUUCUUGAGAUAGCAAGCUAAUGCAUUUAAAACAGAUUUGACUCACAGUGAGUUUAUUUAUACAUAACUUUUUAGAAAUACAUUUAUUACAUAAAGCAAAAUAAAAUUGGACAUAAGUGCUACUUCUGGUACUUUGGCAGACCAAUCAGAAGGGCCAAAAAUUAACCUUAAUUUUUUAAAUUUUUAUUUAUUUAUUUAUUUUUUUAGGCAAUGGGGGUUAAGUGACUUGCCCAGGGUCACACAGCUAGUAAGUGUCAAGUGUCUGAGGCCGGAUUUGAACUCAGGUACUCCUGAAUCCAGGGCUGGUGCUUUAUCCACUGCGCCACCUAGCCGCCCCCAAUUAACCUUAAUUUUUAAGGGGUGAACCAACUACUUUGUCAAUAGCUAUGUUGAAAGCCUAACAUCUUUCACCAGCGCUUGUUUCAUAGAAUCAUAGAAUGUUCAAUUCAAUAAACAUUAAGUACCUACUAUGUGAUAGUAACUGUGUGGAGAUGCAAAAACAAAAAGGAGACAUCCUCUGACUGCAAGGAACUUACCAGUAAGCUUUCCAGGUAAUCUGGAAAGAAGCACAGACAUCAUCUGGUCUGAGACUUUCUUUAGGCCAAGUAGUGAUUUGUAGUAGGUCAUAUAACUAAUUAGUGGCAGAUCCCAAUUAGAACCCAGAUCUCCUGAUUCCUGUUCCAUUGUGCUUUCUACUAGGCCACACUACAAAAUUAAAGUGAGAUUAGAGGAGAACUCAUAGAUAAACUACUAUUCCAUUUUGAUCAUUAGCCAGCGAACUAACGUGAGUACUGAGUGUAACUAUAAAGUAAUGAGACUGGUUUUUCCAGUAUAGCUUAUGGAAUCACUCUUGCUACUUUAGCGUUACACCUUGAAUAUUUUUUUUGGGGGGGGGGGGAAUUGGUUCAUAGGAUGAUAUGAUCCAGAGAAGCUGUUUUCAACACACCUUUUAGUUUUCCUUUUAAAUUUCAGGCAUAAGCUUCUUUUCUCAAAUGUAUUUUUUUUAAACUAGGCAGUCUAAUUGAAGAGCUAGAAACAAGGGCUUUUGUUUUUCUGUGACAUAGAUUUUGAAAAUUUGUCUUCUGUCUCUCAGAAGGAAAUAGUUCUCAAUGGAAUCUAAAAGAUAAAUUGGUGACCUUUCAACUCCAUUAAAAUAUAAUGAAUGUGUUGCUAGUGAAGGUGAAAACGGUUGCUUUUGAACCAUGUUAAAUGUGUACCAUGAACCUUCCAAACUAUUUCCUUCUAAGGCUGGAGGAAUGAUUUAUACUGUGGCUUGGAAUUUUCAGCACUUCAGGAGGGGUGGGGGUUGUUGUAACCCCAAAGUAAUUGCAAUGAAUCCACAAAUUGGAGUUACAUAUUGCAAAACUGCAACAGUGGAAUAAUGUUUUGUAAAUUUAAAUUGUUUUUGUGUUUACCUACUGUGACUACUGUUCAGACUUUAUUCAGAAAUCUUUUAUAGGCUUUAUUAGCCAAGAAAAAUCAUUCCAUAUCUAUGGAUAAUGUCUCAAUCUUAUGUACAUAUGUUUUAUUGAUAUGUAAAUAUUUAGAUAUUUUUAAAUUACAAUGUUCUUUAAAACAAAUUCAACAAAGGACUAGUUGUGAAAAUGGUGUAUAACAUUGUGUUGUGAUAUCAAUUCCUGAGAAGCUCCUUAUGUCCGUU